AUGCCCUUACCCCCUCCUCCGCCGCCUCCACCACCUGGAAAUCUACCACCAAGACCCGCAGUAGGGAAUCGUAAUGCUUUAUUAACAGACAUCACAAAGGGAAAACAACUUAAGAAGGCUACCACGAAUGAUCGUUCAGCUCCCAUUGUUGCAAAAGCUCAAAAUACUCUAGCAAAUAAUUCAUUGGCUCCAGCUCCUCCAGUACCCGGAGUUCCAAGGGCACCGGCUCCUCCGGUUCUAGAUGGAAAUCAAGCGCAAAGUGUCAGGAAUAAAGAAGGUCGGUCAAGUGGAGGCUUCUUAGGAGCUGGAAAUACAACCAGUAUAGGAGGUCUUUUCGCUGGCGGAAUACCCAAAUUGAAAAAGCGGAAUGGAGGAGUAGAUACGGGAGCUACGAACGAGCCCACAGUUAUUCCUAGUUCGGAGCCAUCUUAUACUGCCGCUCAAAAGUUUUUACCCGUAACAGCUCCAAAGCAACCGUCAGGGCCACCUCCUAUUCCAGGUACUCAGAAUGGAACUAAAUCAAGGUUCUUUGCACAGAGUGUUGAGAGUUCGCGAAAAGCAGAAUCGAAUUACCUACCACAACCUACUUCUGUAGCACCUUCAAAGGCUCCCCCUCCACCAGUCGGAAAAAAACCACCAGCUCCUCCACCGGUGUCACGAAAACAGUCCAGAGCCCAAAUCUCGAAUAGUAUUUCUUCAGCACCUCCUCCAGCACCGCCACCACCUCUUCCAUCAGCAACACCGCGGCCUCUAGCAAGUGUUUUGAGGACCUCCCCUCUUUCCUCUCAAACAUCUUUACCGCCCACGACUGCUAUAAACCAAAAUCUAGCUAUGCAGGCAGCUAUUCGCGCGGCAGAACAAGCUUCUCCGUCAAUCGCGACUCAGCCGCCUGUACACGCUUCUCUGAAGCUUACAUCAGAUAAUAGUUUCGUUCCUGGUCAUUCAGCUGAAAUUGAAACAGACAAGGAAAGUAACAAUAAGAGUUUCAACUCUAGAAGAAUAAUUAUAAAUGAUUCAAGAUGGAAAUUUACGGACGACUCAAUGCUACCAAAACCAAGACAAUUUCAAGGAGGCCCUAAAAAAUAUAGAGCAGGCCGUGGAAGUAGUGUUCCACUCGAUAUAAACGCAUUCCUAUGA